AUGACCCUUAUGGAUGACAUGGAAGGCGUUACGGUCGUCGAAGAAAUCCUUGAACGACAUAAGAUUCUCCCAGGCCUGCCUAUCAUUUUGGACGGUGUCUUACAGCGCUGCAGUGACUUGGUGUCCUCCCAAGGGAAAAAUUGUACAGUGAUAUCUGGAGCAGGGAAUUUGAAUGAAUCCAUCAGGAUACUUUCCCCUCAGUUGUCUGAGGAUAUUGCGCUGCAUUCUGUUCGGUCGCUGGAUCUUACUCAUCUAGAGUGGAGCUUCCGGGACGCAAAACGAGAAGAUCUAGCUACGAUCUUCUUUCAAGUCUGGCUGUUGAUCAUAAUCGCUGCACUGGCCAGUCACGUCCUAGCUACAGCAUGGGCAGGCUUCAAUGUGCACAGCUAUCUCAAAGUCAGGAAUGAGUACAUGGAAUUCGUUGUAACUGGCGCCUGUGCUGGGGUUGACGUGCUUGGUGGUUGGUGGGAUGAUCGCCUGAGACACACAGUCCCUGCCAUUAUAUAUCAACGAUAUGCGCGACAGUCGUUCAACAGCGUGGGAGCUCCUGCUAAGAUCAAUCGCAUGCACAAACUCUACCUUUUUUUCGUCAUGACACUGCAACUGGCGGCAUUCUUUACCAUCGCAGCCACAGGGCUGUGGAUUAACAAGCUCACCGAAGAUGCGAUCAGUCAGGCUGCCCACCAUCUCAGAUUGUACAUGGCCGCGUUUAUUUUCUCUGUUAUCCUAGAGGUGUUCUGGGUUGUCUUUGGAUGGUUAUCCAUUCGUCGAGAAUAUCGACCAGUAUUCUGGAUGUUCUUGGGCGCUAGUAUCUUUGUCACCGUCAUCUGGACACUCAUGUUUUUUAGCCCCGUGUACCGUUUUGUGUUCAACACCUGGCCGUUCUUCGCGACCAUGACGGUGACCUCAUAUAUCUUCUUGGUUGCCACAUCCGUCCUCGGUGCCCUGUGCAGACUCAAUUUUGGCAAGGGACUAGCACACUACCUCAUUGUACUCGAGGCUCUCGCAGACGACAACUUCACCCCGGCCUCAUUCACAAACGACCCCGAAGCCGCCGAGGGCAAUAUCCCCCGCUUUUCCGUCCUUUUUGACGACACCAUCUCACGCCCAAAACGGGCAACACUCACGGGCAUGAGCAAUCUGUCCUACAGCUCAGAUAAGACUGAUGCGGGUGCAAGUUUCUUGGCGCUCGACGCGGAGAAGCAUAGCAGUUUCACAAUCUCUGUGCUGCACAGGGAGAGACUGAGGACUCCAUUCAAAGUAAAGAUGGACAGGGUGGCCCCCAGUGAGCCAAUCUAA